UUAAAAAAAGCCUCAAACCACAUGAAUAAGAUGCUGGUAGCACAAUCUGAUAGGCAGCAUUGGUAGCACAUAUCGUCAGAACACCGGUACCGGUGCGUGUGCUCGCGGCCUGUGGGAGGUCCAGAAUAACGGAGCCAGAGAUCAUCAUCACCAUCAUCAUCCUCCUCAUCCUCAUCCCGGAGGAGAGGCCCAGUGAAUACAUGCCCGACACGACACGCCUCAUCCGGAGCGGAAAAGUGGGUUUACGUGUCUGACUCUGAUCUCAAGCGUGUGCUGUGUGCGAUCCAGAGGUUCGGCUGCGUGACUCCAGAAACAUGCGCGUGUGUAACUGAAGCGCAUGCAUCCGAUCAGGACACCGACCCUCGGAACCGAGUCAAGCCGUGGAGCAGACGACCCAGAGCUCUCGGGUUCACCGAUCAUCUCCGUCCGCUACAUGUGACCGAACCGAACCGAACCGUCCGAGCCCAUCUGCAGCUUCACCAGCGGGCUGCGCGUUAGCACGGCAGGACAGUACAGUAUGGCUCCCCAUCUGGACACGGCCCGCAAAUUGUUCUGGAUCUUAAUGAAGUCGCUGCUCCGUUUCACCUUCAUGUUUGUUAAUAACUGUGUGGCGAUCCCGUCAUACUGCCUCUACCUGAUAGUCCUGCAGCCUUUAAGACUUCUAGAUGCCCCCACGUUCUGGUACAUCGAAGGGGUCAUGUUCAGGUGGUUACUGGCGAUGGUGGCGUCUUGGGGCUGGUGUGUGGGUUACACGGUGACAGAAUGGGGUGAUGAUGUGAGACCAAUGUCUGAAGAUGAAGCCAUGGUCAUAGUCAACCAUCAAUCUACAGGAGAUGUGUGCACCCUAAUGAUGUGCUUGCAGGACAAGGGCACGGUUGUACGAAAGAUGUUGUGGUUGAUGGACCAUGUUUUUAAAUAUACCAAUUUUGGGGUUGUGUCCCUGAUUCAUGGAGAUUUCUUCAUCAGACAGGGCAAAGCACAUCGAGAAAUGCAACUAGUUUACCUGAAGGAUCACCUAGACAAGAAUUACUACAGCAGAGACAGGAAAUGGAUUGUGCUGUUUCCUGAGGGCGGCUUCCUAAGAAAGAGGCGAGAGACAAGUCAGUCCUUUGCCAAAAAGAACGACUUGCCUUACUUGACUCAUGUAACACUGCCACGACUGGGCGCCACACAGAUUAUCCUGAACACCUUAGGACCCCAGCAGGAAAACGGCAUAUUGGGAACAGAGGGAAGCCCACCAGGUCAAAGUAACAAAGCAAAAGGACUACAGUGGGUAAUAGAUGUGACCAUAGCCUACCCUAAUGCAAGACCCAUGGACAUUCAGACAUGGAUUUUUGGUUACAGGGAUCCAACAGUAACACAUGUACACUACAGGACAUACCCCAUAAAGGACGUCCCAGUAGAAUCAGAAGCGCUGGCAGACUGGCUAUAUCAGCGAUUUGUGGAAAAGGAGAAACUUCUGGCUCACUUCUACAAGACAGGAGCAUUCCCUCCACUAGAAGGCCAAAAAGAGGUGGUCUCCCGAAACAUGACCCUUGACAGCGUUUGGCUGUUUUUCGUCCAAACGUUCGCCUUCGCCUCAGGCUACAUGUGGUACAGCAUUCUACAUCACAUCUACUGCUGGUUCUUCUGACCGCUCUGAGGAGAGCGUAACGUGCAGGAUGGAGGAGGGAAUGCCAGAGACCAAGAGCCCUGAUUGCCAUUCUCCUCUGCCGGAUGGUUGAAUGUACCCCGCAGGACGACUCCAGUUGCUGUAUCCGAUCGCGGUCCAGACACAUCCACCCAAUCCCAGCUGCCCGUGCAGACAUGCGUUUAUCCUUUAGAUUUGCGUAGAACCAGUUCAACAUGUUUACACAUGCGCGCUCACAUGCAGAGAGAAGAUUAUGCACAUCUAAAUGUUUACUCAUGCGUUUUUUUUUUUUGUUUAACUUUGUUUUUUACUUACAAUCAAAAUUAGGCUCAGGAAUAAGCCAGAGAUAGAUCUGUCACGUCCUGCCACGUGAGCUCCCCCCACCCCCCCUUUUUUUAUCGUUAACUCCCAAACAGGAUGACUGAAAUUUUUUUCAGAGACCGCUGUCCUCUUUGGAAGAGACUCCUCUGGCCUUCAUUGCACUAUGAAUCCUUGUCGCCCCCCAACGGAAGACCCUCGGUUGUGUGCUGCCCUCAUGUCAUUUCUUCCUCGUGGCUGUUUCGUCUCGCGUUGACUGGAUGCUGUUUUCUGUGUGUAUUGUCAGUAUUGAGAGAUGUUUACACUGACUGAAGGGGGAUUUGGUUUUGAUGACGUGUGUGGAGGGGAGGGGCGGGGUUUCCAAGACGAACCUGGUUCUUGUUUUAAAACAAGGAGAGAACUUUACACAAUCAAUGCCAUACAGACACAUCCAAGUGCACCACAUGACUGCCACACGACCGAUUCGAUAGGACGAACACCCCUCACUUCCAAAGUUUUGCAAAUAUUAAGCCAUAUGCUUAUCUUCGGGUCAAAAGGGGGCGGGACAUUCUACUGACUGAACUUUUGUGUUUGUUCAUUGUCCUAAAAAGAUUUUAAUUUGUUGAUUUUUGAGUCUCAAACUGGUCUCAUUUCUGUAAAUGUGACAGCAUAACCUGCCUGUGUGAUUGUGUGCGACUGCCCGUUGCUUUUUUUCUAUUUUUUUUUUUUAGACGUACAUAAUGUCUGGUAGCUUCAUGUUAUUUCAGAGUGUUGGCAAAUAUCUGUUUAAUAGUUGAGAUUUUACGUUCUCUUUCCUCAUUCUGUGGUUAAUCUUGUACAGAAAGGAGUCCGAGCUACGGUCGCUCUCGACGUUUUUACUUCUGAAAUAUCAUGAAUGUUUAAGAAAGAUGGAGAGGAAGCAAGUAAGGAGCUUCUGUUCCGGCAGGUGCUUACGUUUCUCUCAGUAUCUGAGCAUAACCUCGUCUGCCGUUUGCUGUCUUCUGCGGCGAUCGCGUGGGCGCAUUUCUGUUCGUCAAAAGAAACAGUCUUAAAACUGCUGCCACGCGGAAGGGAUCAGAGGCGUAGAUUCGAUUUUGUGCCGAGGUACAAAAUAUUUGAGACUAUCUUGAGGAAAAUGGAAACAUUCUCCUCGAGCUCGAGACAAAAUUGCGUUUUUCAUGUGUGAAAUUGGAACUGUUUGUGUGUGUUGUCGGUGGGGAAGAAUCGGUGUCCGAGUCCGUCUAUGUGUUCUCAUCGUGUAGGAAGGGAAUAUAUGGGCGAGGUCCAGCAAUAAUGUACUCGAAAAUAAACGCCCAUGUUGUGGCGUUCUAAAGAAACGAUGCUUAGAUGUACAAAUUGGACAUUUGUAGGUGAAAACAUUGUCAUUUCCCCCCUUAACCGAAGCCAUGUCAUCUGUGAAAGUGAACUUUGUUUCUAUAGCUUGCCAGAUUGAAAUGUGAAUGACGCCAGAAGACUAAAGCCAAGUUAGAUGCGGACUGCAUUCAGAGCAGGCUACGUCACCGGGAGCUUCACCGCGAGGAUCUCAGACGCCGGGUUCCUUGUCUCGUUCUCGCUGUCUGUCAGAUUGAGACGUAACAUUGUUUUCCUAAGUAUGGUUUUAUGUUUUUAAAACAAGUGUGAGAUAUCUCUAUAUAUUAGCAAUUUAACCAAAUUACAAUAGAAUGGUCCAUAAUUUUCAUUUUGUACUCCUGUUUCUUUUCCUAGCUACCCAGCCAUUUUACAACACACAAAUUAAUUGUGCUGGAAUAAAAAUCAUGCGCAGCAGUGACCCA